UGUACCAACUCGCGAUGACUGUCAUUCUGGCGGAGACGGAGGGCAGAACGAUGCUGUCCGCCCGUCCGCCAAAAAAGCCUGGCGGUGCCGCUUGUGGCAGAGAAGAUGACCCGAGGACAAGGUGCAGACUUUGUCAAAAAUCACUGUUGAAGAAUGGGAAAAUUUCCAAUUCCAAGAACUUGUUCGAGUUGAAAAGCAAAGGCAAGGACCAGGGCAAGGACAGAAGCAACGAAGAACCCCCUGCGCCGAAGUUGGAAAAGUUACUCGGGACCGCUGUCGUCCGAGACCCGUCUCUCUCGGAAUCAAUCUGUGAGCCAUGCGGCCGGAAAAUCGAUAGGUUCAUAAGAGAUGAUGCCGCAGAGACAUUGUCAAGGUGGAGGCGCGCCGUAGGGCCUGGAGGAGCUGUAGGAGGAGUAGCUUUGGAAACUUUUGAAACAGCUAACGUUUCAGAUACAACUACAGCUACUAGUACUAACGUUAGUACAACACCUGCGCGCCUUCUUGUGACGACAGAACCUAGAAGCCCGAUGGAUGUCACCAGAACAACUCCCAAGAGUUCAGCUAAGAAGCGGAGACUAAUUUACACCCCCGGCAAGUUUUCCCCAGCGCACAAGCAACGGUCAAGACCUAAGAAGAGCCACGAGAAUGUUCCACCGCUACAGAAAGCAAGUCAGAACUUUGCAGGCGGGGACGGUGUGACAAAAGUUGAGGUACAUGUGCAGUACCCCUCGGACAAAGGCCCAAGGGUAAAGAAGAUGGGAGGAAGACUGAAGUCUGGUGUGCAGCAACUUGCAGAUGGGAAGUGGGGUGCAGCUGCAGGCAGCUUGCUGAAACAUGAAGAGAUGGCUGCAGCGCUGCGUGAUAAAGUUGCUCAAGCAAUCAAACAGGAGGGUAACGUAUUGGCAGCUGUAUCUGUACUUGGUCGAACGCAGCCGAAAGAUCUCCUGAACUUCAAGUUGGAGGACUUUGAGAAGGAACUGGAGAUCCAUGCACCAUGGUUUGACUGCUGUCUGCAGGGAGCGUGUGGGGAGGAUAGGCGCAUAGCAAUAUGUACAGCUGCAUCGGUGUGUCUACGAGCGAGACACCCAACGUUGUCUGCAAUCCAGUAUAGAAACAGUCUCGUGCUUUUGCAUGCGGGGGCAAAGAAGAUCGCCUUCACAAGACUUAACAAACAGCAGCUGUGUAUGUCUCACACAAUGAGCAUACUAAAGCAGACAGAACUGGGAAAAGGACGGGACGACAAGAUACUUGCAUGGAAACGCCGUGUUGAAGCUCAUAUGGAGACUGUCCCCCUCUUGGUCGCCCUAGGAGAGGAGUUAGUGAAGCAAGCGCGGGUCAAGUCCAAAGCCGAUCUUGAUGCCUCUGGACAGAGUACAAUAAGCUCAGCAGAUUUACAGGAAUUAGACUUCGCCUUCCAGACCUACGACUCCCCAGAACAGCCAAGUUUAUCAGUGGAUGACAGUGACCUAGAACAGCCAAGUUUAUCAGUGGAUGACAGUGACCUAGACCUUGGAGUAAUGCCACUGUCAGAGGAGGAUACAGACACCACCAAGCCCAUUAUAGAGGUCCUGAACAGUAUCCCCGGCUUCAAGGAUGAAACUUACAAACUCGCAGAGCAAGCCAUCAACAGUGCAGAAGUCACUACAGAAGACAGACCCCAAGACAUAGUCAGCAAAGCUGUAGAGAUAGCCGCUAAGACCCCCCUACCAACCUUUCAAAUCAUCUUUGACAACGUCGACUUGAACGUAACAGCAAAGCACCAGUCAGCUGAAAACCGUAACCAGUCGCUUCACUGGAUCCAGCAGUUUGGAGCACUAGACCGGGUGAAGAGUCCACCAAGCGCUGGGCCACAGAGACAGCUACGGGAUUUCCAGCUGGAGGAGGUGAUGGUCACUGAUGUAGUGCAGCAGCUGCUGAGGGGGGAUUUCAUCAUCCUUGUCUCCCACGUGCUAGUGGAACGCCUGGCCGCCUUCAGAGGGUUCAGGGACGUUGUUGUAAGACACAUCCGUCACCAGUACUCCGAUGAGAUGGAACAGCCUUCAGAGCAGACUUGGUUAGGUCUACAGUUCAAAAACGAAAACAAAGGCCGGGACAUGGCAGACAUCCUCCGCUAUAUCCAAACCAACUACGUCCCCUCCGAAGUGGAUGAGGAUGGCAACAUCACUCACCUCGUGCAGCCAAUCCUGCUAGGAGGGGACUGGUUGUCGGAGGAGAGAGCGGAGGGUGUCCAAGCCGGCUUUAGGGAUGGAGACUCAGCAGAAGAACGGCUGGAGGGGAUGAGCCCAAAGCACGAGCUUUGGCAUGGGAAGAUGAACCUUGAUGAGAUCAUGUUCGGCAUCUUCGGCAAACCAUCAGCAGCCGACAUUGCUUCCUUGACUGCCAACAUGAACGUGAUUGGUGCCUCCAAUGCCAGGAAGGGCCCCCACGCAGCCAACAACGCCUACCAGGAAUUCAUGAUGAAGGACUUCCAGGCCUUCAUAAUCCAUGCCAGCAAGAAGAUUUUCCACCUACAGAGUGUAGAUGAUGCACCCGAAGCCAUCGUACCAGACCAGAUCCUGGGUGGAGACGAGCACACGAGAAGAGACUGGCUUCACUCCAGGGCGGCCGAGAUCGUAGACAUCGCCUUCCACGAGGAGGUUGCCUCCAUCAACCGAAUUGUAGAAGGUAUACAGGAUAGCAGAUAUCACUGUAGGCAGGAAGGCUGCACCAAAUCUUUUGUAAGAGCAAAAGCAAGGUCUAUGCAUGAAGUGAAGAAACACAAUCUACAUGUAAGUGCUCGUACUAAUGACGACUCCACAGAGGAUGGUGUGUAUAAUUACCAUUCAGCAAAAUUCGGUAUGGCACUUCUCCUCCACAACCUUAAGGAUGCCACAAGGGAAGGGGAUGGGGAGAGGGUAGCAAGGUGUCUGAAAAUGGCCCUCUUGUUUUUCAGAGCCUAUGGUCACACCAAGUAUGCCAUGGGCACGUUCCUCUUCUUUGCCAGACAGACCACAUUGUUGCCAGCCAACCUUGCCCACAGUCUCAAGUGGAAUAGGUUUAUCAACAAUGCUGGUGGCAAAGGGAAGAACAUGCCCAUGGACCUUAGGCUCGAAAACAUGAACGGUCUUUUCAAGGCCUUCGCGAAACACCUUGGCCCCAACCUCAAUGAGGCAUCUGCAGCCAGGAUUGCUAACGCAAUAGGUGAGUUGGAGGCCAUGCUCAACAGCAUUGAUUGUGACCUGGGUGUGACUAGGGCAGGUGGUUAUCACCACAAAGGUGACCCCACAGAGGACAUACUGAAGCUGGUCGAGCAGUAUGACCAGUGCAAUGUGCUUCAGUAUCAGCCAGGGAGGCAGUAUGCUUGUUUCCCUGGUUUCAAGCGUGAUUUGUUGGCAAAGCUAGAUGUUAAACAGAUGGCAAACUGGAUGCGUACUAAGCUGAAACACUGGGAGGCAUUGUACGAGUAGGGCUAAUGUGGUAAUGUUGUCUUAAACCUUUGUUUUUUACCUUACCAGUUUGCCAUCUGUUUAACAUCUAACGCAAAAAGUAGAUUUUAUGGAUGACAUCAGCACGUGCAUGAAUUUUUGCCUGACUUUAGAAAACAAAACAAUAUUUUUUUUUCUUCUGAAAUGGUUAACAUGACAAGAAAGUACCAAAAGGGGCAAAUAUGUUGUGUUGUAGCUUAAUGAUUGUACCUGUAGAAGUGACACUAGCCAGGUAGCUUUGACUGAGGUAGUACAAGUGAAACAAGUUAGAUAGUGCUUGUAAAAGUACUGUAAAAGUGGCCAAUUAUGGAAGCCAUGAGUUGCCAUGUUUGUAUGUGAUACCAGUCUACCACUUGUCACCUUUUUACUUUUCACGUCUUGAAUACAGGAAUGAAUGCCUUGAAGGAUGUGACACUAUGUUUCAUCGCUCCAAUUCUCGUGUUUUUUUUACAAUAUUUAUGGCAUACAUUUGGAAAAUUUAGCCAUCUUUUUUUUUCACCCACCUUGAUUUUUUUUCGCUCACUAUUUUUUUCAGUCUGCAGAGGAUGUCAUCCAUAAAAUUAACUUACUGUGGCUUUAGUAAAGAUAUGUCUUGUACUUCCCUUUGUAUUUUUGUUACCUUCAAUAAUAAUAGAAUGCAUCUAGCAAAGACUUGAUGCCUGCUAAGUAUUGUGAGAUUGAAAUUGAACAAGCACAAAGAGACAUUGUAUGUUUGAAAGAACAUGUUUUCCAUUCCUCAUGUUUUCCACUAUGUAACCUGUAUCGGGUGUUCUGACAACCCCUUAGUGACAAUGUCAAAUUGUAAUGUACAAAAUGUGUAUUCCAAAACUGAAUAAGGAAACAUACAUUUUGACUACAAAUACAAUACUAGUAAGUAGAUAAGCCAAUGAUACAAAGACUUUGUUGUUGCACUGAUGUUAUCAGUCAUGAAGCGAACACCCCAAAAGACUGGUGUGUUAAAGAAAAGAUAACUGAUCAAUCUGUAAAACCACUUAUACAUGUAAAAAUUUGGAUGUGAAGAAAUGCCAUAUUUCUCUAGGCUUAUAUACAUAUGAUACAAAACUUUGUUGCUACACUGAUGUUUUCAGUCUUGAAUUGAUCACCCUAAGUGACCAAACUGACAUAAGUAACAUAUGCGAAGAAAUGACAUAUUCUUCUAACCUUAUACAUGUAUAUAUACAAUGAAAAUACUGUGUUAUGUAUUGAAGAAAAGUGAUCAAACUGCAAAAGCACUGACAUAAGUGACACAUGCGAAGAAAUUCCAUACUCUUCUAAGCUUAUGCAUGUAUAUAUACAGUGAAAAGACUUUGUUACAAAAAUGUUUCCACAAGACUUGUACAGAACAUGUAUUGAAUAAAAGAAAAGGAUACAUCAUGGUGUUCCUUAAAGAAAUGA